AUGGCGGUGGAGACAGCCAGAGAGAAGGGAGGACCGGAGCGGGGCCUGCCUGACCUCUGCGCGCAUCUCCCUUCUCGGAAGCGGAGCAGGCGGACCCUCCACGGCCCUGGCCCGGCCCCUUCUAGCCAGUCCGGGCGGCAGGGCCCCGGUGAGACCCUGGGUGGGGUGCAGGCGCGGAGAGGCAGCAGGUGUGGGCGUGCUGACACGGCCGGGGUGUGCCUGGAGCCGGUGGAGGAUUGCGUGAAGCACGGGCUGUUCUGGUGUUUGACCGCCUGUCUGUGUUGUGUGUCACCCGUGUGCUCUGAGUAUGUGAUUCUGUGUGGAGCGGCGUGUGAUGCCAGAGUGAGCGCUCACUCCGUGUUGUCAUGUCUCUCAGACUUCACGACUGUGCGCCUCAGGGUCGUGCAUUUGUUGAAGCACUGCAUUGUGUGUGCUGGCCACCCUCCAGGGCACACUAAAAGGGCGCUGAAGCAGCGCUUCCUCAAGCUGCUGCCGUGCUGCGGGCCCCAAGCGCUGCCCUCAGUCAGCGAAAACAGCGUGGAGGAUGAGUUCGAACUGUCCACCGCCUGUCACCGGCCCGAGGGUCUGGAGCAGCUGCAGGAGCAAACCAAGUUUACGCGCAAGGAGCUGCAAGUCCUGUACCGGGGCUUCAAGAACGAGUGUCCCAGUGGAAUCGUAAAUGAGGAGAACUUCAAGCAUAUCUACUCCCAGUUCUUUCCUCAAGGCGACUCCAGCACCUAUGCCACCUUUCUCUUCAAUGCCUUUGACACCAACCACGAUGGUUCGGUCAGUUUUGAGGACUUUGUGGCUGGUUUGUCAGUGAUUCUUCGGGGAACAAUAGAUGACCGGCUGAAUUGGGCCUUCAACCUGUACGACCUCAACAAGGAUGGCUGUAUCACCAAGGAGGAAAUGCUUGACAUCAUGAAGUCCAUCUACGACAUGAUGGGCAAAUACACAUACCCUGCACUCCGGGAGGAGGCCCCGAGGGAACACGUGGAGAGCUUCUUCCAGAAGAUGGAUAGAAACAAGGAUGGUGUGGUGACAAUUGAGGAAUUCAUUGAGUCUUGUCAAAAGGAUGAGAACAUCAUGCGGUCCAUGCAGCUCUUUGACAACGUCAUCUAGCCCACCAGGAAAAGGGGGUCAGUGGGGGGGGGUGGGCCCUGCUCUGCCCUCACCCUGCUCUUCCCAGGUCUGUACUCAUCUGAGCCCUACCUUUGGGGCUGCAGGGCUCUGUGAGCCUGGGCUCCAGUGUCCACAUCCUUGGAGCCAAAGGGGCCAGAGAGUGGACCUGGUGGGUGUGCCCAACUCCAAGCAGCCCUCACCCCCUUGCUGCCCGACACUUGUAUGGAGGUGCCCCUGCUAUGGGAAUUGAAUGCUUGCCCACUUCCACCCCCACUCUGCACACCAGGACACCAGAUGGAAUGUCGCCUGCUAUGGUGGCUCCUGCAUCCCUGGUCUCAUAUUUCCCCUCAGACUUCCUUCUCAGAGUGAGCUUCUGUCCUCAGCACUGCCUAACCUUUCAGGCCAGCCUGUGGUGUGAGGGGGACAAGAAUGCAGAGGGAGGAAGCUUGGGCCUGAGCCAGUGAUUAAGUUCCACAUGUUGACUGUGGUUUUAGAACAGAGGCCUGGGCACACAGUGAAAGCUGAGGCAAGCUGGACUGUCACGCCCAAGUUCCACAGUAUGCCACUCCAGGCCGUCAGAGUAUGUUUCUAAACAUUUCAUAAGGCCUCAUUUUAAAAAUGUCCCAGAAAUGGCCUGGGGAUUUAGCUCAGUGGUGACCCGCCCACCCUGCAAGCAGAAGGUCCUGAGUUCAAUCCCUGAUACAAAGAAAAGUCCCAGAAAUUCUCCAUAACCUCCACAGUAUCCUAGGAGAGCCCAGAAUGAAGCUCCGUGGCUCACCCCUGAAAUUUCUUACGCGCUCUGAGUGGAGGUGUUGAUGGCAGAGGAAUGUGGGUGGGAGAUGUCCUGAGUAGUGGCCGCGAGGGUCCAGCCUGCUUUCCCUGCUCAUUGCCUUGUUCUCAUGGCUACGACUUGAGUUUUCAUUUACCGUGUCCUCUAGACCUGGAGGCAUCAAGUGAGUCGGGGAUGUUCCUGAACUGGAGUCCUAUCAGCCCUCCCAGUGGAUGCCUUAGGGGGAAGGAGGCAGGCUUGGCAUCAUUACACGAGGGGCCUUCAUUCCAACAUGAUCAGCCAAGGCUGUACCCUGCCCCACAACAGCUUCCUCAGUCCCCCAGAGGCUGCUCUUUCUUUACUUAGUCUGCCCAGAGACGCCUCUGGGCAUAGGAGGAAGGCAAGGACCUGCAAGACCCAAUUCCACCUCAUCAGCACCCCUGCCAUGCUGCUACCCUUUGAUAUGCCUGCUUGUUCAUCAGCCAGAAUGAGGGGAUGGGUCCCCAGGGAACCCCUGUCAAAUCAAACACUGCUGACUGAUUAGCACUUCGGCUCCUCUGUAUAUUUUGUAACAUAAGAAAUAUAGCAGAUCCAAUAAAACACAAUGGCUAUGCACUGGCUGCUGUCUGCUUUUUGUUCCUCCACCCCAUGAAUACUGCACAACUCUUAACUCAUACCUGCAGUCUUUUAGAGCCUCAAGAAAUUGCCUGUCAUUUUGAGUCUGCUGUGUCUUAGCAGGAGCACAAGUUUCAGCUUCUAGAAGGGUUCAAAACACCUAACCCCAGGCCCGCAAAGAAAUCUUCCUCCCAUAACCUAUUAGAAGACAAAGAAGGACAGGAUGUUGCUAUCCUAAGACUGUGCCAAACAAGCUGUCUCUUGGCAUUCUUACGAACUAAUCAAGAAUUUCUGAUUUACAGCUGAGUGCAAUGAUGCACGCCUAUAAUCCCAGCCGGAGCAAAUUAGCAAGGCCCUAUCUGAAAACAAAAAUUAAAAAAGAGGUGGAGAUGUAGCUCAGUGGGCUCAACCCUCAGUACUGCAAAACAAAAUGUAUGGCCCUUAUUUCCCAAGUUUCUAAUUAGUUUAACUUUUAACUUCAAAU